AUGGCGAAUUCCACCAAGGAUGCAGAUCCCUCCCUGGGGUUCCUAACCCGGAGGGACACAGAGGUGAAGCUUCCUCGACCCACAAGGGUGAAGAACAAGUCGCCGGCGCCCAUACAGAUCACUGCGGAGCAGAUCCUCCGGGAGGCCAGGGAGCGGCAGGAGGCGGAGAUUCGCCCGCCCAAGCAGAAGAUAACUGACCACGCCGAGCUCGCUGAUUACCGCCUCCGCAAGCGCAAGGAGUUCGAGGACCUCAUCCGCCGGGCCCGAUGGAACACCAGCGUUUGGGUGAAGUAUGCUCAAUGGGAGGAGUCGCAGAAAGAUUUCGCCCGUGCCCGCUCUAUCUGGGAGCGGGCCCUCGAGGUCGACUACCGCAACCACACCCUCUGGCUCAAGUACGCCGAAGUGGAGAUGAAGAACAAAUUCGUUAAUCAUGCCCGGAAUAUUUGGGAUCGUGCUGUUGCCCUCCUCCCCCGGGUCGACCAGCUCUGGUACAAGUACAUUCACAUGGAGGAGAUGCUCAGCAAUGUUGCGGGCGCCCGUCAGAUUUUUGAGCGCUGGAUGGAAUGGCAGCCAGACCAGCAAGGUUGGUUGUCCUAUAUCAAGUUUGAGCUACGGUAUGGUGAGGUCGAGCGGGCACGGGCCGUCUAUGAGCGCUUCGUCGCUUGCCACCCGAGGAUCUCUGCCUGGAUCAAAUAUGCCAAGUUUGAGAUGAAGAACGGGGAGGUUGCCCGGGCACGUGGAUGCUACGAGCGUGCUGUUGAGAUCCUCUCCGAUGAUGAAGAAGCUGAGCAGUUGUUUGUCGCGUUUUCUGAGUUUGAGGAGCGGUGCAAAGAGACAGAGAGGGCUCGAUGCAUUUACAAGUACGCACUUGACCACAUUCCCAAGGGGCGUGCUGAAGAUUUGUACCGGAAGUAUGUAGCAUUUGAGAAGCAGUAUGGUGAUCGGGAGGAGAUUGAAGAUGCAAUUGUGGGCAAGAGAAGGUUCCAGUAUGAGGAUGAAGUCAGGAAGAAUCCCCUUAACUAUGAUCAUUGGUUUGAUUACAUAAGACUGGAGGAGAGUGUUGGAAGUAAGGAUAUGAUCAGAGAGGUAUAUGAGAGGGCGAUUGCCAAUGUACCACCUGCUGAGGAGAAGAGGUACUGGCAGCGCUACAUCUACCUGUGGAUUAACUAUGCGUUGUACGAGGAACUGGAUGCAGAGGAUGUUGAGAGAACGAGAGAUGUUUACAGGUAGGUAUGCUUAUCACUACUUAUUACUUAAAUGAAUGAGAAUGGAAGAGAUGUAGUGACCACUAUGCUGAGUUACUCUUCGUUCCUUUUGGGCCUCGAUGAAAGUAUAAUGGACAAGUUGACAUCUCCUAUUUUUUAGUCGGUGAUCUCUUCUCAUUAUAGACCCAAGUAGUACAGCCGAAAGCAUACCCUUAACAUACCAAAGAAACCUCAUAAUGAACGUGCUUAAUCACAGUAAAGAAAUAGUCUGUACUACUCUAUUUAAGUCACAGUACAGGGAAAUAUCAGAAAUAGCUAAAAGAGAUCUGUGACUUUUUAUAGUGUGGGAGAUAUACCUCUGCCCUUUGCUCCGUCUUGGACUUCUGCAAAAUUUUCUUGUCAGCUGAAUUUUUUUUCUUGUCAGAUCCAACUGCCCAAUCUUUCCUGGGCUUCAUAGCUGCAUGAACAACAUGAACAAUUUCAUGGAACGACUCUUGGAUUCUCAUCUUCUUUCAUUCCUGUUAAGCACCUUGGGGACAACGGUACCAAUAGAUCCUAAUAUUUUAUCCUCAUUGUGAGGAUGUUAACUCAACCGCCUGUCCAUUAUGUCGAAUAUUACUGUUUUCAUGUUUCAUCGAAUAUCCACGACUAGAUAAAUCACUGUUUCUGUUAUCAUUGGGACUUCUGGUGGCUCUCAUCUUUAUAAAGUUUUUUAUGCGUUUUUAUUUAAAAAUAAGUUAAUUAUCUUUUGUGCGUUGCUCAAGACCGUGCUUUCCUUUGAUCUCUUCAUCUUUCUCCAUCGAACCUUUGUACGGAUGAUUGGAUCGAGGAUCUCCUUUCAGCACUUUCAGGGAAAAAAAGAGAAAAUUCAUGUUUAGCACUCUGCCUCCAUCUUUCUAGUCCUCUUUCCUCUUUACGAAAGUUAAAUAUGAAUGUUGCAUCUGGAUAAUCAUGAAAUACUUGUACUAAAUUUGCAUCUCACGUAGAACUUGGUGUACACUCUUAUCUUUAUGAACUGAGCUCCCGACUACCUUCAAUACUCCCAUACCUUUGUUUUAUAACAUUUUUUUGGUUUACAGAAGUAUGAACAAAAAGAUACCUGUCUGGAUCACCUUCUGUAUUCCAUUAUAAUUGAAUUUCUUUGGCAUAAUUCAUCUUUUGCGAGUGCAUAUUUUAAACAUGACUCUGCUUGGUUUAUCUUCUGUUUAUAGGCCCAUUAUGCAUUGUAUUUUCGAUUUACAAGAAUUGUUUAAUUAUCACGACAUUGCUUCAUUCCACUUUCUGUUUCUGUGCCCUUGAUGUUUUAUUUAUGUUUAUCAAUCAUAUCACUGCUUCAUUCCCACCUAUAUUUGUUGAUAUGUAGUAAAGUUACCGUUAUUGUUGUGAAUUUGCUAUCUUAUAAAUAAAUGGAGUCUCAUUGGUUCUUUUUUCUAUAUUUAUGGCUGUCAGUCCAAAAUUCAGUGAAUUAAAACGUUUUACGUAUAUAUUUCUUUGAUGCACAGGGAAUGCCUAAAGUUAAUCCCGCACAAAAAGUUUUCAUUUGCUAAGAUAUGGCUUAUGGCUGCACAAUUUGAAAUACGACAAAAGAAUCUCCAAGCUGCCAGAAAAAUCCUAGGGACGGCCAUUGGAAUGGCCCCAAAAGACAAGGUAUUCAUCAGAACUUCCAUUCUUUUUUUUUCGUUGUUAAUAUCUAAUGUCUAACUGUAAUCUAAAUGUUCACAGAUUUUUAAAAAAUAUAUAGAAAUAGAAUUGCAGUUAGGGAACAUUAAUCGCUCCAGAACGCUUUACGAAAAGUACCUCGAAUGGUCUCCCACAAAUUGUUAUGCUUGGAGCAAGUUUGCUGAAUUGGAGGCAUCUUUGAAUGAGACAGAGCGUGGUCGAGCUAUAUUUGAGCUUGCCAUAUCCCAAGAUGCUCUAGAUAUGCCGGAAUUGUUGUGGAAGGUAUGCCAUACCUCUUUCAAUCAAGUUACUGCAGUUAUGAGUUCUCAUAAUACUUGAAAGGCUAUGCAGUAAUACCUUUCUCUAACCUUAGUAAUGACAUUGAUUGAUCUGAUUUUGGAAAAAAGAUCAUUCAAUUUUUAAAAAAGUUUGUUCAUUGUACCUGGGGUUGGUUAAUUAAGCCUAUUUGAAGGUUUCAGGGAUUUACUGAUCCUUUGCAGAAAAAAAAUCAAAUGAAAUACUAAAUCAGGUUUGAAUUUAAGAAUCCCGCGAAAGUUACUGGGGCAUAAGAUGACAGGAUAUUUAAAUGCUGCCUGGUAAUUUCGUUUGGUACCUUCUCUGAUUCACCGUGAUGCUCAUCUUUGUUUGUUUCGCCGUUUCUUCCUUAUCAGGCAUACAUAGACUUUGAAAUAUCAAAGGGUGAAAGUGGAAGGGUUAGACAACUUUAUGAAAGGCUUUUGCAACGAACAAAACACUUGAAAGUAUGGAUCAGUUAUGCGAAAUUCGAGGCUUCUGCUAUUACGGGGGAGGAAAGAGAUGAUGAAGACUCUUUUACCGACACAGAAGAAUCAAAACUUCAACGAUCGCGAGGUAUAUACAAAGGGUAUAUUUCCUGCAUUUGAAAAAUCCUUGUUAUGCUUGUUAAUCCGUUUUCUUCUUUACCAGCUAUCUUCGAGAGAGCAUUUGACUACUUUAGAACAAAUGAGCCUGAUUUGAAGGAAGAGAGAGCUAUGCUUUUGGAUGACUGGCUGAAUGUAGAAAGCAGUUUCGGGAGCAUUGGAGAUGUAAGCAUCGUGAAAAAGAAGUUACCGAGAAAGGUGAAACGCAAGAGAGCUAUCACAUCAGAAGAUGGUGGUCAGGCUGGGUAUGAUUCUUACCUUUCCACUGAUUUACUGGUUUUUAGACAAUAAUUCCUUCUUUACCAAUAAUCCCUUUGUUGAUAUUGCAAAUUUUGCAGUUACGAGGAAUAUAUCGACUACAUUUUCCCUGAUGAAGAGGUGGCUACAAAGCUUAAAAUUUUGGAAGCUGCGUACAAAUGGAAAAAGCAACGAACUGAUACUGAUGACUGA